CCUCACUCCUCACUUUCAACCAACCAACCCAUCGCACAACAACCGCUCGCUCGCCGCCGUCGCCGCCGUCCCCCUGCCUCAUCCCCCGUUCUGGUCGCUCUUUCCUCUCCGUCUUUGCCUGGACAAAAUCCGACACGUAGCGCUCGACGACGAUGACAGCCAUCCUGUCAGCUUCAGACGCGUUACGCAAGGAAAACAUCAUGGCCUCUCAUGACGACCACCAGCUCAAUUACUCCUCGAAUGCCUCGACGGAUUGGAAGUCAAAGUACUAUGAAGUCGCAGACAUGCUCACCGAGACGAGACACGAACUCGAUGAGUUCCAACAGUCGUCGAAGGAACUCGAGGAAGAGCUGGAAAGGGACUUGCAGAGGACAGAGAAGGCACAGCAGGACCUACGGGUCAAGGUAGAGCGAGCGGAGAACGAGAGGGAUGAUUGGAAGGCCAAGUUUGUUCAACUUCAAACAACACACAACAUGACGACAGCCCGACUGCAGCGUGAACUUGACACUCUACGGCAGGACCACCAGAAGCUCAAGGUUCAACUGCGAGAACUCGAGAUGGGUAAUGACGAUUUGGAGAGGAACGAGCGUGCGGUUACGUCAAGUCUGGCCGAUGUCGAGGCAAAGUAUAAUCGGGCACUGGAGGAGAAGAUUAUCUUAGAACACGAACUUCUGGACAAGGCAAACCUGGAAGAGGAAUGCCAGCGUCUCAAGGAUGACCUACGAGACACCAAUGAAGAAGUAUCUGUUCUGAGAGAUCAACUCGAUACCGCCCUCACUCGCGCCGCGAGUUCCAACCCUACACUCGAAUCCCUUGACUCUGCAACACCCUCGUCGAGUAUGCCUUCAUUGCGUCAGAACUCAGAGGAAGAUCUCCUGCACACACGGCCCCCUUCCGAUCUCCAACUCUCCGAUCUUGCUCUCGACUCGGACAGCAUGCCCUCGACCGUCACAGAAACCCCUCGCCCAUCGACUUCGUCACUCAAUUCUUCAGAGGCAGGAAAGUCUGCCUUGCUGCAACGUGCAGGAUUUGGGACGCCUCGCACCACAAGACUGCCGGCGCCAGGAACAACAUCGACGCCUAUCAACCGAUCGACCACUCUUCCAUCACUCACUUCGCCUUCACGUCUGCCUGCUCGGAAUACUCCCGUGCGGCUACCCACUCGCAUCCCUGGCACACCAUAUUCAUCGAUACCGACCACUGGUAUCCCACAGACGGUGGCGAGAAGCAAGGGAGUGCAGAUGGUAUCGGAAAUGAGGGCAAAGGUAAAGAACCUCGAGGCAAAGAUCCAUACACGUGUUCCGCGCAUCCGGAACGGCAGUACCUCCACGCGACCGUACGGCAGUCCUUCAGCGUCGACGGCGACUGUCAAGCCACCGCCUGGCAUCGCCACCUCUUCCUCUUCUAACUCCUUCCUGAACCACAUUCGCAAGUCGUCUGAGGACAUCAGAAAACCAAAUUUCCUCAGUCGACGUAGUGAUGAGGAAGUGGACCGAAAGCAGCAUACACCUGCAGGGAAGAAUGGAGAGGGUUGGGUUCUUGUUCUGGACGACACGCCGUCACCUAUCAAAGACCGGGCAAAGGAGUCGAGCCGAAUGUCGAGCACGUCGCCUACACCGCGUUACCGUCCGUACGCAUCGAAGCGCAAUGGUAGCGGGUCCUCUGUUCCCGAGGCUUCAGACUCGAAGGAUUCGCUUUCACGAAGUUCAAAGUCGGCCCGGCGGCCUCAGUCUCGCACGUCCACAUCGACCGAGGGCCGGAGCAGCGUCAGUACUACUGCGACUAUGAGCUCCAUCGCGACGCCAUCAUCUCGUCCGACUUCACCGACUUUCUUGCCCGUUGCCAGUUCGGGCCUGUUCUCUCAUCAGUCAGGCAAGGAUCCUCUCAAGCUGUCCACGGGUUCUGGUACCAGCAGUGGGAACGGGACUCUGUUGAAACGGUCGACGGGUCCAGGACAUCAACUCAGGCUGUCGACCGGGCCGACCGGCUUGAAGCGUUCUUCAUUGGGUGCAAGCAAGAUAGGAUCCCCGUCCGUGGUGCAUCCUCCGUCCGACCGUGGAAUGCCACCGCCGCCGCCUCGUGAACGGCCAACUUCUGUUCCUGCGCCUCCACGAACGAGUACCGACAGGUCUUCACCUUCUUCGUUCAAAGAUCCCCUCGUGAAGUCACCGCCUAUCACCCAUAGCGCCUCCACUACGCGAAUCUCACGGCUGCCUUCAUCGACGACUACUCCAGCUCUAGGAAGAAGUAGAAUUGGACGGCCGAGCUUCACGGGUGCUGGACGGAAGAGUUCUGGUGGUGGAGAUUCUGACAACGAAGACAGGAAGAUUCGGAUAAGGCCAGGCAGUUUGUCGAAGUCAGCACGUCGCGGUUGAAGAGGAUAUCGGCGGAAGGAGGGUGGAUGGAUAAAAAAGGAAAGAAACCUGUGGUUAUUGGACUCUCGCUGUGAUAUCGUGUGGUGUGGUAUAUCCCCUAUGCUUUUCCGUCACGGUACCCUAGUCUUUUCGAGUAUUUUCCUUCCAUUCAUCCCCUUCCCUGUUAUACCUGGUUCGUGUUUUGUUUCCGCCUCAAUUUUCAGCAUUAUGAUUUACCAACCUGUGGACUCCGCAGAGAGUCCUCACUAACAUUAUAACACUCCUUGCCAGCAUCCAGUUCUCUUUCUUGUUCCCUAGUAUUUCGGUCGUGUUCCCCUUUCCUCUUCUGUGACUGUGUUUUACUUGUUGUUUGACGGUUUUAGCAAUAGCCUAAUCACCCCAUGCUCUCCUUUGCCUCGCCCCGUCCUAUGACUUACCCAGAUCCUCUUCCUAUCACGCUAGAUGAUCGAACGAACUUCGACUCUGGGCUGAUCAUUCGCGAUGUUGCUGUGUGUUUAUUUACAGUUUUGUUGCGGUUUUCCGUCCGGCGUCUCUCACGCCUCAAUUCGUACCCCCCAAUUCUUCUUCUGAACCAUCAUUGUUUCAUCCAUCCAUACGUGCGUCCAUCCACCUAUUUACUUGAACAAACCUUCUUGCCAGUUUCUCACACACACUUUACAAUCUACUCCCUACUCCCUACUCCCAACUCACAUUCCCACUUCUCAACUCUACACCCACUCACCCACCGCAUAUCCUCUGCCCUAAGUAUUCUCACCGACUAUAGAGCGCAGUGUAAUCUAUCCCUUCAUUCCUCGUGUGUGUCGUAGAGCAUUUUUUCAAGCUAUUUCCUCUUUCGCGUUUUAGCAAUUCUAUUAUUCUCUACCUUUCGCUUCCCGCAUAUCCCCUUUGCCUGAGUAUACCACCCUUUUUUUCUUCUUUCCCUUACCUCUUCGUGGGGUUGUGACAACUUGUCAACAUUAUUUAAAUCUUGACGGUUCGGAGUCGCGCGGGAGUUUGGAAGCUGGAGUGGCUAUAUAUUUCUCUCUCUCUGGCUACUACAUACGCAUUGAGUUUGUGGUGUUAGAAAAGCUUUUUUUUUCGGAAUUUUUCAUAGUUCUAGGUGGAUGGUUUCGUGUCGUUUAUCACAGCUUAGCUUGUUCUCGUUUCUUCUCAUUGCUUCUUCUCCGCCUUUCCCCCUCCAUACCCUCUUAUCCGCCUUUUUCUCCUCCGAGCCGUAGCCGUUGUCGUUAGUCGAAGUUUGUGCCAUUGGGAGGGUGCGCGCUAAGUUGACUGUCGCGGUGGUUGGUGCGUGAGGGAGAUGCAUUAGGCAGAGGUAGAGGGAGGGAAUGGAUGUGGGAGGGGAGAGAGGGAGAGGGAGAGAGGGAAGGAGAGCGAGCGAGCGUUGAAGUACUUUACUGUUCUGAUGGUUUUUUAGUGUUUGGGGGGG